ACGGUGUAUUCUCCUCUGCUGCAAUGCGUGGGUAGCUAAAUACACUUUCACUUGUGGCUGCUGUCUGGAACUUUUCUGAUUGCUGCCAUUCUCGUUCCCAGAGCUCUUGAAAUUUGCAACUGUUUACAAAAGUCGGAUAUCGGCAAAUCAACGGGAAAUGGUAGGGAAAGAAGUUGCACAUGUUUUUGUUCUUUUUUCACUUUACAACAACAAAAUAACUAUAUAGUUGUAAGCACAGUUUCACAAAUCAAUGCUCGAUUUUGCAGCUUUAAAGAAAAUUGACUAUUUCCUUCAAUUUAUAGAUAAAUACCAAAAAUGAACAAUGCAGUCAGCCUUACCUUACAAGCAUCAAAUAGAUCUGCACAAACGCAGGCCUUCGUAAAGUUAUAUGAUGGUAUUGAAGUCUUUGUUGGCAAAUUUGGAAUAAUCAAUGAUAAAACUCAGGUAGAUGCUCCUUGUCAAGAGUUCAGUACACUGUUGGGUUGUCUUGGAAGUGAGAAUCAUUAUGUUGGCUUUCUAUCAGCUAAAGUAAUCCUUUAUAUGGUAGAGAAAAAAAUGGUUUGCGAGCAACAUUUGUUAAAAGCCUGCAUAUCACAAAGUGCUCUAAACAAACCCAAAAAGAAUUUGUUGUAUGUUGUUUUUAAUUUGGCACCUAACAUACCAGUCUGUGAAAGCAAUCAGUAUGCUCAAAGUCCUUUAUCACGGAUUUAUUACAACUGCCAGUCGAGUCAUAGUGAAUUGUUUGCAGAAAUGCAUGAAUUUCUUAUUUCCAAGAUGCAGGAUGAUUUGUUAAACAACACAAGAUCUUUGAUUCCAGCAUUUGCAGUGUUUAAGCCAUUAAUAAAGAGUGUGAUCAGUAGUGGAAAACACCUACAUGAACUUUUAUUAGAGAUAUUGGAUUUUCUGUCUGUUGCUGUUAAUUCUUUUCCAGAAGCUGCAACAGACAUGUUUGCUUGCAUACUUCAUGAUAUUUGCUCAUCGAAUGCUACUAAGCCUGCAUCAACGAUGCUUACUGUGCAAAAACUUGUACUGUGGUAUUUAGGUUAUGCCCAGUGUUUUAAAGAGCGCAGUGAUGACUUACUGAAACUGAUAUCGGUGCAAUUGACAUGCUGUUGGAAUUUAAUAGAAAGCAAUUCAAACUCAAGAUUAUAUGCUGGGUUUAAUCUUUUGAGUGAAUUACUGAUCGUAAAUGAUACAAUAUAUAAUUCUUGCGCAUGUGAUUUGCAAGAGGACAUGCUAUUUCUUUUCGCUAUGAUGUUGCUGAAGGUUGAUGAGGAUUUGGCAGCUAAGAUUCUUCAGUUAGUACUGCAUAUUACCCAACACUACGUGCAAAUUAAGGAUACGAUUCGUGUUAGGCAAACAUUGACUGUCUUGAUGCUUCCGUUAUUGCAAAUACUUUCUGGAAAAAAAGCAAAUCGAUUCCUUCAAAGUGACAUAUAUAUCUUGGCAGGGAACAUUUUAAAAAAUAUUGAUUUUAUAUUAAAAUGCGAUGUUGAUGAAACUAAGACUUUUGCAUUAAACUGGCACAAUAAUUAUGGCGGGAUCAUGAAUGUUGCAAGAGCGUCAAUUUUUCUUCUCAGGAGUUUGCAAAGUGACCAAACUUCUGCAGUAGCAUGGCUUUCUGAUGUUAAGAGGAAUUUUAAACACAAGCCAGGUGGUGUCAUACGUGAAAACAUUACCCUCACUGUAGCCGCAAUCCUUGUUGGUUCUAACAGCAAAAAAAUCUUUACCGUAGCUCUUGAUGCUGUAUCUGUUAUUUGUAAAUAUAACAGUGAACUGGUAUUAACAUUCAUCCCAUUGCUGCUUUUUUGUCUUAACAACAAAACAUAUGAAAGCGUCAAGCUUGAUAGUUUGUUUACAUUUCCAAAACUUGCAACAGACAAGUAUGUUAUUGCAACUGUGCUGAAAGUAAUUCUCUCAGUGUCCUCCAACAAUAUGUUGUUACCUAUUGGCAUCAAAUUGUUGACAAACUUAUGGAAAGAACAGCCUCGUGUCUUUCCAUAUCUACAACAGCUGUUGAGCAAGAAGUUAAAUAAGGAAACAAUAGGCAAGGUUCUAUGGUAUGAGCUGGUCACUGCUAAAGUUGUAGCUGUUCUUGAGAUUUGCAAGCUGAUGCCUUUUCAACACGGUAAAGAUUUGGUACUCAUAUCCAGUGAUAUUUUAGAAGAUUUAAUUCGAUGUUCUGCUGAGGAACACGUUGAAGUAGAAAAACAAGCAUGUUGUAUGGCACUUGUUGUGGAAUCAUUAAAAGUUUUAUGUGAGGCCCAGGUCAUUGAUGUGCAAUCCAUAUGGAAAGCCGUUGUACUGAAAGCCCAACAAAAAGAUCAUCCAAUCAUAUUAAAAUCUUUGUGUUCUCUUUUAAAAAUUGUCCCAUUCUGUGUAUCUGAAACAAAAGAGAAAUUUCUGGAGGAGGUGCUAACAUAUCUUUGGUUUCGUGUAACCGGACAGGAUGAACAGGUUAUCUCCUCUGCUUAUGAUGCACUCUCCAGUUUUCCUUCAAGUUCAAUCAAAGUCAAGUAUUUGCCUCCCAAGGUGCGUGAAAUAACGAGAGAAAAGUUGAAAGCGCUGAAAGAACAUAAGGACGAUGAAGAAUACAAUGCUGACAACGAUAUUUGUCCUGGAUUUGGUUAUAUUUCGUUGUUACUGGAGACCAAUACAAGUGCUCUACCAGGUUUCCAAAAAUUCAUGCAAACUGCUUUGCAAUCAGACAUUGACGCCUUACCAAGGGGCGUGGGACGUCGUGUAAACACGAGACCCAUUUCAUCGCAUGAUAACGCACGUGACGUAUUACUAAGGCAGUAUGAAAGUUCCACAAGACCGGGUAUACUUCCGGGUUUAGCGGCUGGUCUGUUGUAUUGUUAUGAACCUAAAUUAUACGGCAUGGAUCCAAAUAAUAUGACUAAGAAACAAUUGAAACAACUACCAGAUCGUUACUUGCAAAUGUUGGAUAGCCUCCUGCAAGAUUUCAAGCUUCAGCCUAACGAUUGGCACCAUGCUGCUACCGCAACAAAAUCUUGGUGUUGUUUCAUGAAGAAGAUGUAUAAUGCUUUCUCAGAGGGUCGCAGAGCUGAUUUAGAAUUACAAAAAGAAAGGGGCUUGGUAACUGAUGAAGAAUUACACAAUGAUCAUCUCACAUCGAUCAAAUUUUGGUCACGUGACCAAAUCACAAAUCAAUUGCGAAAGGCUUCCAAAGGAAGUCCGAAAACCCAAGGCAAUUCAAUUUUGGCUUUAGUUGGACUUGCAAACGCGAUAUCGAGCUUCGAGGAGAACGAAAGCAAAGAAGAUAGAAUGCGCACACCGGAUCAGUAUAUCUCUGUUCGUAGUUGGUUACUGAAGGUAGCUGAUACUGUCAUGGUUGUGUUCGAUGGAAACUACAAGCCAGCAAGCAAACCUUUCCAAUGGUGUCAACAGGUUUCUUCUGAAAAAUCAACCGCCAGUUCGCUCAUCUCCAGAUGUUGCGCAGCUAUAUCGUUAUCAGAACUCGUCUCGCCUCUCUUAUCGUUGGAUACUGAACGUAUUACGCAUAUGGUGGAAGCUUUAAAAAUCAGAUGUCCUGGACAGGCGAAAGCAGGUUCAGCCACGCCGAUGCAUUUCUACUGUGGACUCGGCUUCGGUCUGAUGCUAUCUCGUUUAUAUCAAGAGCAGCUUUCAGAAAUUAUAGGUGGCGAUGGAGGAAACGUAAUGGUUACGUAUUUAUCUCUUUUGCAAAAUAUUGUGUUCGAGCAAGAAGAACUUGAAAAAGAUGGCGCCAUAGUUGGGUAUGGAUAUGCUGUUUCUUCUCUGCUAAGUCACGAUAGUCGUAAAGAUUCUAAAGUGCAUGGUCUAGCGUGCUUAGAAAAGCUCUUCCUGAGAUGUACAUCGUUUGAGGAAGAGGAAUUAGCCACAGUUACGGGACAAGGAUUUUUCUUUGCAUUGGCUAUUGUUACGCAAAACGCUUUUGCAUGUGGUUGUUUGGGAGUUGAAAAAGUAACAAAAUAUUUCGAAUUGUUGCAGCAGAAAACAUCCAGAGCACCUCAGCAUUCAGAUUUGCAUUAUGCACUUGGAGUGCUGUGUCAUACAUUGAUGAUGUCAAAGCAUCAGGGCGCAGCCAUUGUUGUGGACGAACAGUUACUUCGAUGGCAAGACAUACUCACCAAAAAGGACUCCAACACCUUACUUAAAUUAGGUGCUGUUAAAGGGACAAUGUCCACCGUGGGUGUAGAGGUUCCGAUGUUUAAAAUUGAAAAUACGACAAACUUAAUUGAGGUUCAACGAAUUAAAACUCUUUUAAAACUUUUGCUUAAAACAUUGGAGACGUCGCAGGAUAACUUAUUAUGUGUAGUAACGGCGCAUUUGAUUGGACAGUCUCAGCUGGUUGUGUGUUCUGAAGGAGAAGAUAACAAUAAUCUUCCGCAGAGUUAUAACUACUUAAAGAACACGUCUGUUUUGCUUGCCGUGUAUAACACGUUGCUGAAAGCCGCAAGUUCGGGGCCGUACGGCGAAUGCAAGAACGACGUUGUUUUGUGUCUACUAACAACGCUGUGCAACCUAAACCAAUGCAAACUUCCGCCUGUGAACUGGACGCUAGUUCUCAGUCCUAUAAUACGAACAGGUUAUUUAGACGACGUUAGAUUUCAAUGCAUUUGUUUCGCCGUUAAAUUUGCUGAUUCGUCGUCAAAUUUAGCGCUUAUUGUGUCCUCAUGGUUACAGCCUAAUGUAUUUUUAAAAAUGGAGUCUUCUGCUCAAAUGCAAAUAUUUCGUAGUGUAGCCCAACUUUUACCUUGUUUGACCAACACAAAACAACGAGCUUUGCUGGAAGAACUUCCCCUUAAAGCUUUAAACUGUUCGAAUGAUGUCGAGGCAAUGUUGGCGUGUGUUUUAGAGUCAUGGCUUUCAGUUUUGGACAUGCAAACGCCCCUUCAGUCCACGGUUGCGUAUAUAUUGGCGGCUAUGAAGUCUUUGUUUGAAAGUUUGCAUCAGUUUGAACAGUCUGCUGUACUUAACAAUAUGGAAGUCCUAGCGAAAUUUAUAUACAAAUUAUUGCAACAGAAUUGGAAAAAUUUGUUGCCUCAGAUAUUAAACGCGCGUCAUAUUCAACAAAGUUUACAGGUUCACAUGCUUUAUUAUGUGCAGUCGGUCCACCCAGAUGACAUAAAAUCUAUGUUGUCGAUUCCUUCGGAGACAUGUGACAAGCAAGUUGAGAAGCAAAAUCUGGAAUUGAUGAGAAGAUUGUGUGAGUUACAUGACAACACAUCGUUCAAAACUUGCGUUGAAAAACUUUUGACGAUGUUACUACAACAAGAUAAAGAUAAAUUAUCCGAGGAGGAGUGCAAAUUGAUGUACAUAUGCCAUGUGUUAUCGUCGAGUUCUGAUUGGAUGAUAAAACCGUUAAACAUGCUAUCGAGUGAAGCAUCGUUUAGCCUUCUAUACCAAACCUCGAAAGUACUGUUUCAACGCCAACUGCAAGUCUAACUAAAAAUCAAUUCGAAUAUGUCUUUGUGAGUUGUAAAGGAUCCAGAACUUCAGCCUUAUCUGACUGGUAGUUAGUUAUAAUUGCGUGAAGUAUUUUCGUCAAAAGAAAAUGUUAUUUUCAAAAGAAUAAAACAAAAACAUAUUUCAUUCAAAUAGAUCCUUUUGUGUGAAAAUUAAUACACAGGAAUAUGGCGCGCGAAAUUAGUUCUUGCAGCAUAUCCAUUCCGUCAGGAAUGUCAGAAAAAUUUAAUAUUUUUAUGAAAUGUCAGAAAAAUAUCAUGAUUUUUAAAUCUUCCACCAAGCCCCUGUAAUUCGUAUGUUUUUCAAUGUAAGUUCUUAUCUUUAACUUUGUAUUUGUUUCAUCGUUUUCCUUUUUCCUUGAACAGUCAGCUUUUAUCAGCUGUAAGGAAAGGAAAAAACAGAGAAGAAAAUUUGAAAAGGUUAGAAUUUUUAGUUAAAAAUGUGAGGAAUGUCAAGAAAAUCGAGGUCAACUUGAGUGAACACCCCUAUGUUCAAUAAAUGCAAUUGACAGCAUUUAGAUCUUUGAACUUAGGAUACUAUUACACCAACGAUUUUGCAAAGGCAUAAAUUGUCAAUAUAAAACUGGAAUAUAAAAAAUGACUGUUGGUAAGAAUUUUUAGGUCACCGAAA